GAGUUCUCCUCCUUCUCAAUUCUUUUGCAGUCUUUCUUAUGAAACAAAUUCGUAUUUCUUCUUAAGGACAGCUAACGGUUAAUUCUGGCUCAAUCGCAUGAGGCCGAAUGGUCUCUUCGACUCCCAAUGCAGGACCCCGAUAAUUUCUCUUUAACGGAAAGCGUCUUCGACUACGAGUAUGAGAACGGUAGACGGUACCAUGCCUACCACGCGGGUGAAUACCCGCUGCCCAACGAUGAGAAAGAACAGGACCGGCUGGAUAUGCAGCAUCAUCUCUACACGCUCCUCUACGACGGCGAUAUCUACCGUGCUCCCAUUUCCAAGGACAUAAAAUAUGCCUUAGAUAUUGGCUGUGGCACAGGAAUUUGGGCGAUUGAGUUUGCUGAUAAAUUUCCUAAUACUGAAGUCAUAGCGACCGAUCUUUCCGCCAUACAGCCCGGGUUCGUUCCGGAAAAUUUGCAAUUCGAGGUUGAUGACGCUGAGGAUGAGUGGCAAUUUAGUCAUACUUUUGACUACAUACAUCUUGGAACUCUGGCAGGAAGCAUAGCGGACUGGCCACGCUUACUACAACAAGCAUAUGACAACUUGGCCCCUGGAGGGUGGAUAGAGCUCAUUGAUUUCGAGGCAUGGGCAUCCACAGAUGAUGACAGUCUUCCGCCGGAUUCGGCAUAUGCUCAAUUUCAGACACUGUUAGCCGAUGCGGCCAGGAAAUUUGGCAAGGAACUUAAUCUAGCAGCACGGUUUCGUGAGAUGGUAGAAGAGGCUGGGUUUGUUAAUGUCGUGGAUGAGCGUCGAAAGGCGCCUCUAUCGCCCUGGCCCGCGGAUCCGAGGCUGAAAACUCUCGGGGAAUACAUGCGAAUCGUCAUGGCUGACUCUCUUGAGCCUUAUUGCCUGGCUCUAUUCACCCGAGUACUGGAUUGGAACAACACGAUGAUUCAGGCUCAGCUUGCUGGUGUGCGGCAGGAUUUGAGGAAUAUGGACUUUCACAUCCAUACUACUGCCCAUUGUGUUUACGGACAAAAGCCAUUCUCAUGACCGUUACGAAUAUUUAAUUAGCGUUUCAAUUUGUCGAAGCAUACCCCGAAGUCACUUCUACACAGUAUCAAGCUGAUAUUUCAUUUCACCCUCUACACCCACCUGCCAUCCAUGCAUCCCUUCUGACAUAUCACAAACCCCCCCGACCCUAACACGUCCACAGCCUUCCUGGUGUUGAUAUUUAAAUUGUCGAAAAUUUUCCGAGAGCCCAGGAAGAGCUUGAAAUCUACCAGUGCUUGAUGUACCUUACAAACUCCCGAACCCUCUUGAGACGCCCCCGAAUUUAAAGAUCGCAACAAUGUCAUUGCCUAACGGACUGUUGCAACCGGUUACGAUAUGAUCGCCCCUGGCCACCUGAAAAGAACAGCCCGAACGGAACGGUGACAUCUAUUGAUUAACAGGGAAGGAAUUGCAUUUUACAUGAGAAUAAAAAUUCAAAUGUUCUCGGUGGGAGCAUGGAUAAUUAUUACCACUCUAAUGAUAUGGGAGAUACAAGAAAAAA